CAACCCACCCCUCAAAUCCCCCGGUCCCCCGGUUCCUCAGCCUCAGCCCCAACCCACCCCCCAAACCCCUCCAGUCCCCCUGUUCCUCAGCAACCAGCCCGAAGCAGGGGAGGAUGGGUGAUGGGCCUGUGAGUCUCCCUGGUCUCACUCCUUCCUUCUCUCUCAUCCUCUCAUGGAGCCUCCUGUUGACAGCUCCACCUCCCCCUGGAACUCUUCCCAGUCCUCUCUCUCCGGACUUCCAGGUCCCUGGCUCCCAGCCUUCCCAGCCUCGCUGCACCCCAAUGCCUCUAAAGUGAGUCUUCCCGUGGGCACCGGCGCCAGCAGAGCCCCCCUGGCCCAGUCCCUGGCCCUGUGUGUGAUGCUUCUCAUGGACCUCUUAGCGGUCGUAGGCAACCUAGCCGUCAUGGCUGUCAUCACCAAGACGCCGCAGCUGAGGAAGUUCGCCUUCGUGUUCCACCUGUGUCUGGUUGAUCUGCUGGCGGCUCUGGUUCUGAUGCCUCUGGGCAUGCUGCCGGACCGGGUUUUGGCGCACGACGAGGCACUGUGCCGGAGCUACCUCUGUCUUAGCGUGGGUCUGGUCAGUGCCGCCAUCUUGUCUAUCUCUGCCAUCAACGUGGAGAGGUACUAUUAUAUUGUCCACCCCAUGCGCCAUGAGGUCAAGAUGACCGUGGGGGUGGUUGUGACGGUGUUGGUCGGGAUCUGGAUCAAAGCUAUUGUCACGUCAGCAAUGCCACUCCUGGGCUGGGUCUUCCAGGGGAGCCAGGGGGUAGGGGUCGAACUCGGAGGGGGACUAGAGGCUCCCAUGAUCCCGAGUCAUCCAAGCCAGAGACGUUGCUCCCUACACUGGACCGGAGGAGGAGGGACCACACGGUUAAUAUUCAUGCUCUUCUUCACCUUUGUCUACUUCCUGUGUCCAGUGCUGAUCAUCCUUGUUGUGUACUGUAACAUGUUUAAAGUAGCCAGGGUCGCAGCCAUGCAGCAUGGCCCCUUACCUACCGGGAUGGACACACCUGGGCCCCGCCCUCACCGCUCCGAGUCCCUCAGCAGCCAAUCCACCAUGGCUGCCAGCCUGGGAGGCCCCAGAGGUGGCCCUGGGGGCCCAUGUCCUCCACUCCGCACCCCCAGUCAGAGGACCUUCAACGGGGGUAAAGCUGUGGCAGUCCUGGUGGCGGUUGGAGGCCAGUUCCUAUGCUGCUGGCUGCCUUACUUCUCCUUUCACCUGUACGCCGCCCUGGUCUCCACCCCCCCGGCCUCCCUGGCUUCGGACCAGAUGGAGGAAGUCGUGACCUGGAUCGGUUACUUCUGCUUCACCUCUAACCCCUUAUUCUACGGCUGUCUGAACCGGCAGAUCCGCACGGAGCUGGGCCGAAGCCUGGCCUGUAUCUUUAAGCGGGCGGGGCCGGGCAACGGGGAUCAGCUGGCCAGCCGAGAGGCCUCCAUCGAGGAGAACUUCCUCCAGUUCCUCCAGGGGACAGGGUGCAAUCUGGAGCCCUGUGAAUCUCAGGCACACAGCAGAGCUAGCAGGCCAGAGGAGCUGGAGGAGGCGGGGGAGAGGGGCCCUCUUCAAGAUGGACCUUGUCAGGAGAACACGCUGGUCCAGGAACACACGCCUGUUGACUUCCACAUCCCUGGACAGAUUAUGGAGGAGACCUCUGAGUUCUUGGAGCAGCAGCAUCUGAAUCUGAACAAUGACAUCAACCUAGCAGACAACUGCUGCAGGGUACACAGAACAUUGCUGGACAGCGCCUGAGCUGUAGCUGACACCGGCCACUCAUGUGUACAGUAGGCCUUUUUUGUGUGUGUGUGUGGGGGGGGGGGCUCAGAGGUGGAAACACUAAAGUCUUAGUCUGUAGAACAAGCACCGGUGUAGAGUCCUAUGGUGGAAAUGGCAGAUAGAUGCCAUGUUCUUUAGUAUGUCUGAGUAUUCCAUCUGAUGCUGGACUUGAUGGUGUUGUGUCCACAUUGGCUACAGUGUGAUUAUGGGACAUGACGUGUACAUAGCAAGUAGUUACUACUACAACUCUAAUGUAUAGAGUUGCUAUCUUCUUUUGAAGAUUUCAUGUUGUUAUUAUCAGUCUAAAUCUCUUUGUUCAUUGUUCUGUCACUAGAAUCAGGGUUCCUUUAUGGGAAGGUUAGGAGGUAUGAUACAGGGUUGGAGGAAAUGCCAUUUAAAUUCAGUAAACUCCAGAAGUAAAACAGACAUUUUAAAUCCAAUCAAUCCUCCAUGCUUUUCUAUGAGGUUUAGUUCCUGAAUUACCCUAACCCUGGUAUGAUGACAUUGCUACCCAUUUUCUAUCAAGACCAAAACUCCUUACAUUAAAUAUAUUUACUGCCAGUCUACCUCCCCUUUGUCCUUCAGUCAAUCAAUGUCUUUUUUGGUACUGAAUUAUUAUUUUGGUCUGGGAAAGAGUGGGAGAACAUCUCACAUAUUAGCAAUCUUUGUUUUGGUGUGGAUCGCACAAAUAAUUUUUGUCAAAGUCUGAAAGAAUAACCUAAGACAACCAGUUAGACAAAUGUAAAAUGACAAUCCUAUAGGCAUAUACAGUACAUAUAGUAGCAGGCAAAUUGUUAAUAACCAGAUCAACACACUGAUCACAGCAGAGAACAGGAUAGUGCUGAUCCCCU